UUACAUUUUUACCGGCUGCACUGUCCUUGUCCCUAAUUGCAAUGCUAAAUCAUUCACAUUAGCAACCAUUCAACCGUUUCAACCUUCAAAAAUGGCAAGCAGAAGGAACCGGUCAAGAGGUAAACUCACGUCCAUCCAUGCACAUGCAAACCCACAUAAAUAGCACCCUUUACGUUCUAAAACUAAAAACCCUAAUAUGACCGAAAGACUUCCUAUAUAACCACUUGCAACCCUUUCAUUCUCUUCUAAGGAAGGACUUACACUUAAUCUCAUCUCAUCUUAGGCUACAUUCUUAAUACAAAGCCAGAGAUGGAGAUGAAGAAGAUUGCUUGUGCUGUUCUCAUUGCGGUAGCCUCGGCCACCACCACCAUGGCUGCGGAAGCCCCCGCUCCUGGCCCUAGCAGUGGCUCCUUUGCUGUCACACCCGCCGUCGGGGCCAUUGCCGGAGCCUCUGUUGUCUCCUUCCUUGCCUUCUUGUUUCAGUGAUCAUCCUAUCAAAGACGAA